UCACUGUCAAUUUACUGUCAAAACUAGGGGAAAAAUCACAAAAGUGAAAAUAUUUUGUAUAUUACAAAAUAAUCAUUUACUUGUUAUUAACUAGUUCAUAGAGCAAAAAACAUACUAACAUUAAGCUUGCAGUUGUAUAUGGUGCUACUCGCAAUAGCUCGUUAAUCGUAAUCAUGUACGCGAUAGAAAAGAAAUUCGAGAUUGAAAUGAAACUCAAGAAGGAGAUGAGCAAUAUGGCGGAGUUGAAGGCGGCAGCUAGCCGCAGCUCGGCACUGGCCGGGGACGUAUGCAACGUGCUGGGGGCGUGCGAGCAGCGCCUGCAGCAGCUCGAGACUGCAGUGCUGCCACUGUACGGCGACACGGCACGCCUGCAGCAGAUACACCACAACAUGGAGCGCACAGUGAAAGCCCUGGACCAUGUGAUCAACUACUACAUGGUGUCUCGAGAACUGGCAGAUCUUGUGCAAGCUGGUCCACAUACAUCCAGCACUGAUUCACUCAACAUUUACUUAGAGGCAUUGGAUAAGUUGGCAGAAGCUCAAAAUUAUUUCAACAAGAACAAUCCACAGAGUGUAGAACUCGAAAAUAUUAACCAGUUGUACAACACGGGGGUUUUGAAACUGGAGACCGCUUUCGAAGAGCUGCUGAAUCGCAACACACGUCCACUCUCACCCACCACUCUGAUGGACAUGAUUGCUUUAGAAGAAGACUCGAGCGUGGACAGCGUGAGCGUGUCGGGCUCGGGCCCCAGCUCGUGCGGCGCGGCGCCGGGCGCGGAGGCGCUGCUCGCGGCCCGGGCGCCGGCGGCCAGACAGGCUUUGAACGCCUUUAAAGAUCAUCUGAAAGCGCGGUCUGUCCCUCAUGAUCCUAUCAUGAGAGCUAAAAAUCUACUGCACCGUUCUGACAGCACUACCAAGAAAACGAGCAAGAUACAAAAAGUGAUAGAAAAGCGAGCGAACAAAAUAAUCCAAAAGGCUUCACAGACACUCGAGAAUUCUACCGGGCUAGCGAUCGGCCCUCGCCGCUCCGUCAGCGAGGCUUACACUGAAGAGUCGUACGAAGCGCUAGAAGAGUGGGAAUCGAUGCUAGCGGGCUCCGUGGCGGCCGCGCUGGCUCGGCUCGCGCGGCACGAGCAGCGCGCUCUCCUGGGACUCGUGCCGCUAACUCGUCUGCCACCGUUACUCGCCCAGAUUCUACACGAGUGCUUCGCUACUCUGCACCAGGAUGUCGAGCGCGCGUGCCAGCGUAGCCGUCGCGCUUGUGCGCGCAGCUCUUGCGGCGCAUCAGCGUGCUGGGCGCUGCUGGCGCGCCUGCAGCGCCUGCAGCCCGACGUGGCGCGCGCGCUCGCGCCCGCCGAGCCCACUGUCUACACUAGCAUCGUCAACAACUGCCACAUGCACUGUCUGAAAUCGCUAGAAGAGUGGGUGUCGGGGCUCCGCAGCGACACGUUCGCGGGCGCCGUGGACGGCACCGUGCACCAGCUGGCCGUGGCCGCGCUGGCGCACUGCCACACGCUGGCGCGCCACCUGCAGACCAUAGGGCCGGCGCUGGCCUCGGAGCCGGCCUACGCGCGCGCCGCCGCCGCGCUGCCCGGCGCGCCCGACCGCCACGCCGCGCUGCUCGGCCUCUACGUGCGCAAGGUGCUCGCGCAACUCAACCUCGUGCUGCGCAACAAGAGCGAGCAGUACCCUGAUGCGUUGAAGGCGAUAUUUCUGCUGAACAACACUCUAUACUUACUGCAGGGCUUACAGCGUAGUGGGUUGAUCGAGGUGCUCAUGACGGUGGAACCGGACUGCGAGGCUACCUACCGGGACAUGGUACACGAGUACAAGAACAACUACCUGCAGAGUUGGAACAAGCUGUUGGCCCACACGGUGUUGGAAGAGGCUCCGCCGGCCAAGCUGCGUGACCGCGACCGGCAGCUCCUCAAGGACAAGUUCGCGUCAUUCAACCGUGAAUGGGAGGAGUGCACCAAAGCGCAGCGCAGCUACAGCGUGCCCGACCCGGAACUACGGGAGGCUCUCAAACGAGACAACAAGGAGACUAUACUGCCGCCGUACACCAAGUUUUAUGAUACUUACGGCUCCCUGCCGUUCUCGAAGAACCCGGAUAAAUACGUCAAGUACUCUCCCGUACAGGUAACUACACUUCUGUUACUAGGAGUAUACGAGACAACAAGGAGACUAUACUACCGCCGUACACCAAGUUUUAUGAUACUUACGGCUCCCUGCCGUUCUCGAAGAACCCGGAUAAAUACGUCAAGUACUCUCCCGUACAGGUAACUACACUUCUGUUACUAGGAGUAUACGAGACAACAAGGAGACUAUACUACCGCCGUACACCAAGUUUUAUGAUACUUACGGCUCCCUGCCGUUCUCGAAGAACCCGGAUAAAUACGUCAAGUACUCUCCCGUACAGGUAACUACACUUCUGUUACUAGGAGUAUACGAGACAACAAGGAGACUAUACUACCGCCGUACACCAAGUUUUAUGAUACUUACGGCUCCCUGCCGUUCUCGAAGAACCCGGAUAAAUACGUCAAGUGCUCUCCCGUACAGAUAGCGACCCAGCUGGACGGGUAUUUCGACGAAGCCGCUUAGACAACGCUUACAGUAUUCCACUAUAUUUAUUCCAAUGAUAUUCAAUAAAACGCCUUAUUUAACAUGUUAA